AAUGGGUCUUGAAGAAGCUAUGAUCUAUUUAGGACGUUGUGGCCCGUAUCAAGUAAUUACAUAUUUGAUAAUAGUUGUUUCAAUGAAUCUUCCAACGACAUGGCAAUUGUACGGAAUUGUCUUUGAAGGUCCAAGUGUACCCUUACGUUUCUCUUGCUUUCCAAGGCCCAGUGAUGGAUUCUCUCCUAAAACUCAACCGAAUUCGGCUUGCGAACAAUACAAGCUCAUCAAGGAGAUUAAUUCUUCAGAUGUUGUCGAAAUUAUUCCCAAUCAAUUUAAUCAGACCGUAGGAAAUAUUACCUACUUUUACAGUAAAAAGGAAAAGAUAGAAUGCAGUCAUUUCGUUUACCACCCAUCGUUAAAUGGCUAUACUAAUGGUGACAAAGUUACAACUAUUCAACAAGAAUGGAAUCUUGUAUGCAAAAACGAAAUGUGGGUCUCUUGGUCGCAGGUUGUUUUUACAGCAGGUAUAUCUGUUGGAGCUGCACUCUGCCCCCCGUUUGGCGAUUAUUUUGGUCGUAAAAAGUUAUUCUUUCUAUGUCAAUUUGCGAUGGGUAUUUGCGGGCUAGCAAUGGCAUUCAGCCCAAAUUUACUGUCAUUUUGCUCGUUUCAAUUUUUAACUGGUGGCUUUUCUAUGGCAAACAACUUAGCAGGCUUUGUUAUUGCAUGCGAGCUCUUCCCGAAAGAUACAAGAUCGAUUUUGUCUCCUCUAAUUUACGUGUUUUUUGCUAUUGGUACAAGUUUAUUAUCACUAUGGGCUUUUAUCUUUCCUAAUUGGCGACAUCUACAAUUUGCAUUUUCAAUACCACCUCUUAUCACAUUGCUAUAUUAUCCAUUCUGUCCCGAAAGUUGGAGGUGGCUAAUAUCUAAAGGUCGUUAUGCAGAAGUAGAAAAAUUAUUGGAUAAAGCUGCUAGGUUUAACAAGCUUGACCCAGUUCCUAGGCAUAUUCUAUAUGACAAAUCCGAUUCAAUUCCAAAUAUGACUGAGAGGAAGCAGAUCAUGUGGAAUUAUUUCAAACAACCAAAACUACUUAUGUAUACUGCGGCUAUGUGUUUUGCAUACAAAGCUAACAAUUUGGUUUAUUAUGGUUUAAAUUUAAUGAGUGGAGCACUCGCUGGAGAUCCUUACUUGAAUUUUUUCAUAUUAACCAUCGUAGAGGUAAUCAGUGUAGCUAUGGCGGUUAUUGCCGUUAGUAUAUACGGUAGACGAUAUCCAAUUAUGACGUUCUUUUUUACGUCAUCUAUCUUUCUCUUUAUCGCUGUUAUCUUUAAUACGGUUACUCAACUGGAAACUAUUAUUGGUACAGAAAAUAAAUUCCUGUGUGUAACUGCCUUUACAAUCUUGGGUAAAUUAUGUAUUACGUCUGCAUGUUGCGUAAUACUUGUCUAUGUUCAAGAGAUCUUUCCUACAUUUAUGAGAUCAACUGGAAUAGGUAUUGUAGCUGGUGUAGGUAAUAUUGGAGCAGUAUUAUCUCCUCUCUCCUUACUAUCGUCGAAUCUAGACAUAACAAAGUAUUGGAUACCCACGACUAUUUUUGGAUUUGUUAGCCUGUCAGCGGGGUUCUUUGUUCUUCUCCUACCAGAAACUAUGGGAAGAGAGUUGCCGUCAACGAUCGAAGAUAUCCUCCAUAUGCCUUACAGUUUAAAUGAAGAGGAAAAGCGUAAAUCAAGGCAGACUGCCUGGUCGAUUUUUAAGUGUUCAUUCAAAGAUAUUGAAGAAGAAAAGCACGAAAUGAAUGAAAGAAUGAAGGCAAACACUAAUAAAUCAGAUAAUCUCUGA